AUGGCCAAACCCUCCGCAACCCGCACCGACACCUCCGCAGGCGUAGCCGCGUACUCCUCCAUCUUUCUCCGCCUUCUCUACGACUACCUCGUCCUCGGCCUAUACUGCCGCUUCGCCUGGCGCUGUCCCACCCACCCAACUCUCACCACUUUCUUCAACUCACACGUGCCUACCACCACCACCUCCUCCUCCACAGACCGACGCCAGCUCCGCAUGCUCGACAUCGGCGUCGGCACCGGCUACUUCCUCGAACAAGCCCCCCUCUCCGCCGCCGGCAUCUCCGACGUCGUCCUCGUCGACCUCAACGCCAACUGCCUCGCGCGCACCGCGCCGCGCGUGCAGGCCGCGCAUCCACACGUCAACUGCAUCCCCGUGCAAGCCGACUUCUACCGCCUCGACGACAGCCGCUUGCUUGCUGCGUCACCCACGCCCUCCUCGUCCUCCUCCCCUUCCGACGACCACGGCGGCGAUGCUCACCACCACCACCGCGGCUUCGACGCCAUAUCCGCGAUGCUCCUCCUGCACUGCCUGCCGGGCCCACCGGCGCGCAAGGCCGCGGCGCUGUGCGGGCUGCGGACGCUCAUGGAUGCGGAGCGGGGCGUGUUGUUUGGGGCGACGGUGUUGGGGGACGGGGUGGGGCACAAUGUGUUGGGGCGGUUGCUGAUGCGGUGGCAUAAUGCGGUUGGGAUAUUCGACAACAAGGGCGAUGAGGCGACGGGGUUUGUGGAGCCGUUGAGAGAGGCGUUCAAAGACGUCGAAUGGAGGGUUGAGGGAAAGAUGCUGUUGUUUGAGGCGAGGGGUCCGAUUUUGUGA